GCGAGGGGACCAUGGCCGGCGCCGCCGAGCCCCCGGGCAGGGCGGCCGAGUACCUACAGGAGCUGACCCGGAUCGUCGCGGCGCAGCAGGGGCUGCUGGCGCGCCGGCGGCGGCGCAUCGAGGAGCUGGAGCGCCAAGUGGCGCGGCUGAGCCGCGAGAACGCCGGCCUGCUGGAGCGGCACCGGCGACACCUGGCCGCGUGCGCCCGCCGCGCCGACCGGGGCCCCGGCCCCGGCCUCGGCCCACAGCCGCUUGGCGCCGUCCCUGAGCUCGGCAGCCGCCUCGACAAGUCUGAAGGAGAAAGCUCCCGCAGUGUCAGUGCCAUGGGUGACCAAACUGGGUCUGUACCUGUGACGGAGGCAGAGCUGGCAAGGGGUGCUCAAAUUACCACCUCUCUUUGACAGGUACGUUGCUGCCCACCGACUGUAAAGACACCGCCUAAACUCAGAAAUAAAGUAGUUCCAAUGAAAGUGGGGGACAGCAGACACAGACAGAGUAAAACAGUGGAAAAUCAGAGGGCCCUGACAUCAUGGUGAAGGAUUCGGCCAGCUGUGGACUCAGACAGCUGAAGGAGGAUGGAAACAGACAGGAAGUCCAGGCUGUGCUGUGCCCAGCCCAGAGGCCUCCGGCUUCCCUACACAGGAUUCCAGUCCCAGGGACACCGGGAGCCACGGGAGUCCAGAAGACCUCUGGGUGCUUCCCCCUGCCCUGCAUUUCUCUGUCCUCUCUCCCAUGCCUCUGGAUAAUGGAAAUGGUUCUUAAUA